AUGACAUCUGGGCGUGCCGUAGUUCGAGCUGUCGAUGUCGUUGCGGGUUCGAUCGACAAGCGCGACGGUACCGCCGGGGUCGGCGUUGAGUACUGGGUACAGAACUCCUUCAUCUGCGUGGGGGACCCCGACAAGAUGCAGCCUGCUGAAAGACGGAGCAAGUCUCUGCCUCCCAGGGCUCUUACCGACUGGUUCGCCACCCUGGCGCCCCCAUGCGAUGAGAUCGUCGAGAUGCGCAGGGGCGGCGGAGGCAAGCGCUGCAGAAGGUGCCGAGGCCGCAAGGGUGACCGGUGCAAGUGCCUCUCGAAGGCGGCGGCGGCGGCGCAGAAGGCGCUCGGCAGUGGCGCGGAGAGAGCGUUGCCUGUGGCGAGGUUGCGGUCCUCCGUGCCGGUGGCCUGA